AUGAUUUCUGACCCACUUACGAAGGUGUUUUCUGGUGGCCCGGUAGAAUUUUCAAAUGAAACCGAAAUAUCGAAAGCGGAAUGGAUCAAUGAAGUUCUGAAGAAACCUAAGGAUGUAUUUAAAACCAGACAAGUUUACUACUCUUUGAUGAACGAUGGGAAAAUGGCCGCUAAACUUAGUAUGCCAAGGCCGUUAAACAGUGAUUUCAAAUUUUUCCACAAGACCCACUCAAUCAAAUGGCCUCUCAACUUCGAAAUACUACCUGAACGAAUAAUUCACAUCAAUAAACCGCCACGUGAGAGGGAACGGUUAUAUAAGCCGAUGGGUGAUGAAUUUCAACCACCAGUAUCGAAUGGAUAUAAUAAUACUGUUGUUUUUCAGUAUGAACCAAUGGUUGGAAAAUUUUUUACUACGUCUAAAAUAAAUACAAGCACUGGACACUUAAAACAUUUGUCUAAUGAUCCUAGAUUUCUGCAGUUUGAAUCACGCUUUGAAUGUGGUAAUUUAUCCAAAGCAAUAUGCACUGGUCCCAAUGAGUAUGAACUUUAUCUACGACCAGAUUUAUUCACAAAAAGGUAUACACAAUGGUUCUACUUUCGUGUACAGAAUACAGAAAAUUCUGGUACUUACAGAUUUACCAUUGUUAAUUUCUACAAGUCUACCAGUUUAUUCGGACAAGGUAUGAAACCCCUCAUGUACAGUGAAAAAAUGGCAAAAUUAACCGGUAUUGGUUGGAGACGAGUUGGAAGUGAUAUCAGUUAUUACCAGACAAAAUUCAUGGAGCCAGUAGAAAAUAAAUUACAGCCAAGAAGUAAAUCUGACUACAGAGGAUGUACCACCUACUCUCUGACAUGGAAAUUCAACUUUCCGUAUCCAAAUGAUGCUGUAUACUUUGCUGCGUGUUACCCUUACACGUAUACACAACUUCAAGAAUACUUAAGUCAACUGGCGGUAAAUUCAACGACUAAACGAAUUUGUCAGCAAACAAUUCUAUGUUAUACACUUGCUAAUAAUCCAGUACCCUUAUUGACUAUCACAGAACCAUGUAAAGAUGAACAACAGUUUGACCAAAAAUCGGAAUCAACAGAUCACUCACAAUCCACAAAAGAUCAAUCAAGUAAGAAACGUUGUGUUGUAAUCACAGCACGUGUACAUCCUGGUGAAACACAAGGGAGUUGGAUGAUGAAAGGUUUGAUGGAUUUUCUGAUCAGUGAAGAUCCAGAUGCACAGAUUUUACGAUCUAAUUUUGUAUUCAAGCUAGUCCCAAUGUUAAAUCCUGAUGGUGUGAUCGUUGGUAAUUAUCGUUGUUCUUUAUCAGGUUGUGAUCUAAACCGGAAGUACACAUCUGAUUUGAAGAGAUUUUUUCCUACUAUUUGGCAUACUAAACAAAUGAUUAUCGAUGUUAUGAAACAUCGGAAGCAACAAGUGUUUAUAUAUGGUUGUAAAAAUCAAACUCCUGAAAAUCGUUUCUGUUCACGUAUAUUUCCUGCUAUGCUGGGUAAAAAUAUACCGGAAUUGUUUAACUUUGACAAAUGUAAAUUUUCUGUGCAAAAAGAAAAAGAAGGAACUGGACGAAUUGUAAUGUGGAGAGAAGGAAUCAUGAAUAGUUAUACACUAGAAGCAACAUUUUGUGGUACAGCUGGUGAUGAUCUGGAAGCAGGUUAUCAUUUCAAUUCCUUCGAUUUUGAGAAAAUAGGAUCACAUUUCUGUGAUACACUAUUGGAUUAUAUUGAUCCUGACCAUCAAAAGACGGAAUACAUCCAGCAAUACUUGAAAGAUCGUGUUGUCGCACUGAAAAUGUCUAGAUUGAAUGCAUCUGAUGAAGAUUUACUUACCUCUGAUGAUUCAAUGAGUGAUAGCAGUGACACUGGAUCAGAUAGUUCUAACUGUGAUGAGUUACCUGCAUAUUAUGCAUAUCUUCUUCAAAAACCAAAGAAGAAAAUCAAGCGCAAAUCACGGACGUUGAAUGCAAAACGAGACGAAAAAAUCAAGUCAAUCAAUAAGAAGGAAGUGGGAACUACGAAGGAAGGAAGUAUUGGUCAUUGUGCGCCUUUUCUACAUCGCUUCACUACAUUGUUACGCGACAAAGUUUGUCCUGUUUGUGGUACUUAUGAGAGAAAUAAUCAGCUAUGGAAACCUUUGGAAGGACAGCAAAGUGGUUAUGUUUCAGAUGGAGUCAUUCCUCCAGACCUGAUUUCCCUCAAACCGUAUUAUGAUGACAUAAACAAAGCGGACCAUUGUGUCGGUAUUCCAGUCUAUCAAUAUUCAGCAUCAUCAUAUGGGACAUUAAAUCGAGGUCAUUCAGGUAGUAAGUAUCAAAAAUUCAAAAGAAAAGAAAAUCUUAAACAUGUAUAUGAUUUUACUUAUCAAAAUUUAGAAUUACCUAAAAUUGAUAUUGGAAGUGAAUGUUUUACAAAUCGAUUAAUUCAUGUAAGAAGAGCACGUUCUGCACCUUCUGAGCACAUUUUGAUCACUAAUAAAAGAUUUGAUUUGCCUCAUUUUAACACGGAUGGAGAGAGUGUUCAUUUUAAUUCAUAUGGGAAUAGAAUUAUUUCAACAGAAGAUACUAAUGGUUAUAUUAGUGGUUUUCCUAAUCUGUCAGAUGUAUAUUUCAAGGAUCAGCUAACUUCUUCGCAUAUCCCUACAAUCAAAAACUCUUGCAGUCAUCGAAAAUCUCAAACAAACUGCCUUCAAGAUGAAAGCCCAUCACAGCUUUUUGACAGGAAACAACUCAUCUCAAAUAAGCUAUUCAUGAACAGACCUCCUUUGAGAGUUUCAAAAUCCUUCUCUUCAAAGUAUGAAGAUUACAAUAAACGAAAAUCUAUCUUCAAUGAAUUUAAAUAUCAUUCAAUGGAAAAAACAGUUCCAAUGAGAUCAAAUGAAAAUAACUCAUCAUAUCAUAUACGCAAAGAAUUGCAUAGAAUGAAUGUUACAAAUAGCAGCAGUCAUUUCCGAUGUGCUACUCUAAUCCCAAAAUCGAACAUCAUUUCUCCACAGAAUUCACAUAAGAAGGCGAAGAUAUGUGCUAUGCGAAGACUAAGUUGUGGGCUGAAAAAUCAGGGUGAAAAUAUGCUAAAUACCAUUUCACUUGAUGUAAAGCCAAUUCCAAUCUUUAAGAAAAGAAAUCCAUAAUCUUUUUUAUCGAUUAAAAGGAACAGAUUAGUACUUGUAUUUUACAAUCACUUAUAACGUUUAUAACAAAUGAUUUCUAGUUUGCUUAAUUAUUUUUGAAUAAAAAUAUUUUUCUUUACACUGAUUUGAUUUGAUUAUUAUCUUGACAUUAAUACAAACUAAUUGGACUAUGA